AUGUCUAACCUUCCAACCGAGCCCGAGUUCGAGCAGGCCUAUAAUGAACUCGUCUCCACCCUCGAUAAUAGCACCCUCUUCGAGCAGAGCCCCGAGUACAGAACUGCCCUGAAGAUCGUCUCCAUCCCCGAGCGCGUCAUCCAGUUCCGCGUCGUCUGGGAGGAUGACAACCUCCAGCCCCAGGUCAACCGCGGCUACAGAGUCCAGUUCAACUCCGCCCUCGGCCCCUACAAGGGAGGUCUCCGAUUCCACCCCACGGUCAAUCUGUCCGUUUUGAAGUUCUUGGGCUUCGAGCAGGUCUUCAAGAAUGCCCUGACUGGCUUGAACAUUGGAGGUGGCAAGGGAGGAGCUGAUUUCGACCCCAAGGGAAAGUCUGACAAUGAGAUCCGUAAAUUCUGCGUGGCCUUCAUGCGUGAGCUGAGCAAGCACAUCGGCGCAGAUACCGAUGUCCCAGCAGGAGAUAUUGGUGUUUCCGGACGUGAGAUCGGAUGGCUCUUCGGCGCUUAUAAGGCGCAGACCAACAAGUGGGAGGGUGUUCUCACUGGAAAGGGUGGCAACUGGGGAGGAAGUUUGAUCCGUCCUGAGGCGACUGGAUAUGGUCUCGUCUACUAUGUCAAUCACAUGAUCGCAUAUACCGGCCAAGGUUCAUUCCAAGGCAAGACCGUCGCCAUUUCCGGCUCCGGAAACGUCGCCCAAUACGCUGCGCUGAAGUGUAUCGAGCUGGGUGCAACCGUCGUCUCCCUUUCCGACAGCAACGGCUCGCUCAUCGCCAGCACCGACUCCCCCAUCACCCCCGACGACAUCCAGGUUAUUGCCGCGUUGAAGGUCAAGCGCCAGUCGCUCACCGACUACCAAGGCAAACACAGAUACAUCGCUGGUGUCCGUCCCUGGACUCACGUCCAGGUUGACGUUGCGCUCCCCUGCGCCACCCAAAACGAGGUCAGCAAGGAGGAAGCCGAGGCCCUGAUCGCCUCGGGCGCGCGCUUCAUCGCCGAGGGCUCCAACAUGGGCUGCACACAGGAGGCUAUCGAUGUAUUCGAGGCCAACCGCCGAAGCCAGCAGGACAAGGCAAUCUGGUACGCACCCGGCAAGGCCGCCAACGCCGGCGGUGUUGCCGUUUCCGGACUCGAGAUGGCCCAGAACUCGCAGCGCAUGAGCUGGUCCGCCGAGGAGGUCGACGAGAAGCUCAAGGGCAUCAUGGAGGCUGCGUUCAAGAACGGAGUCGAGACCGCGAAGAAGUACGUCAAGGGCGGGGAAGGAGAGUUCCCAUCGCUGGUUGCCGGUAGCAACAUUGCCGGCUUCGUCAAGGUCGCGGCUGCCAUGCACGACCAGGGCGAUUGGUGGUAG